AUCAACCCCCUCCCUCGGACUCUCCCCUUGCUUUGUUCAUCGUCGUCCCCAAUGGCUCCUCCUUCCUCCAGCAGGCGCCUCCCAUGGUCCUCCAACGGCGACGGCGACGGCGCCGCCGGCGAGAUGUCCCGGCCUCGCAGGCGGUGGCAGUCGGUUGUGCUGCAGGUGAGGGGAAUGAGGAGGAAGACGACGACGGAGGGGUUGUUUGGGUUCAGGCGGAUCAUGGAGGCGGAGUUCAUGGGCAUGUUCCUUCCGGUCUUCGGGUCAAUGAUGCGGAGAGUGGUUUCAGAGGAGGUAGAGAAAGCAAUGUUCAGACAGUUCAGUGCAUCCGCAGCACCUCCAAGAUUACUAGUAGACUGGAAUCAGCGCCCGAGGUACCACCUCGUAUUCCUGAAUGGUCUAAAACCACUUUACACAAUGACAAGAUUAGAAGCAGACGAUGGAACUGCAAUUAAGGUGGCAAUAGUUGAAAGACUUGAAAACAACCGGACGAACAUCGUUAGGUUCGGUCCUCUUUCUUCUGUUAGGGUUGAGGUUGUGGCCCUCCAUGGCAAUUUCAAUGCUAAAAGUGAGGAAUGCUGGAGCCCAGAAGAGUUUAACAAGCAUAUAGUAACCUGCCGAGAGAAGAGCGUGCAACUUCUCACAGGCAAUCUGACACUAAAGCUCAAUGGUGGGGAGGCUCUGCUUGAAAAUGCAAUUUUCACUGAUAACUCCAGCUUCACUAGCACCAAGAUGUUCAGGCUGGGGUUGAGGCUUGUGAAUCCUUCUGGUGAGAGAGUUCUUGAAGGAGUCACUAAGCCUUUUCGCGUGAAGGAACGCAGGGUAGAAGGAUUUGAAAAGCACUACCCUCCGGUGCUGGACGAUGAAGUAUGGCGUUUGAAAAAGAUAGGCAAAACUGGUGCUUACCACCAGGCCUUGUCAGAUAAUGGAAUCGAAUCCGUGAAGAAGUUCUUACAGGCUUAUAUGAAGGAUGAGCAGAAGCUUGUAAAGAUUUUCAACAAGAUGCCACAGUCAACAUGGAAAUCCAUCAUAGAGCAUGCCAUGACAUGCAAAUUUGGCGACAGUCUUUAUCUUUAUGAAGUUAAGGACAGCGAUGCAGGUCUCUACUUUGAUGAGAUAUAUCAGCUUGUUGGGGUGAAGUUUGGUGAUUGUUACAAGCCCAUUCAUCAGCUUGACCAAAUAGAGAAGAAUUUGGUGGACUCCCUGAAGCAAGUGGCCUAUCAGAAUAUAGAUGGCAUUCAGUCUAACUACAAGAUGGUGAACAACUAUCCUGUACUCCACAGGUUCCCUGCUCAGGGCACUUCCCUGAUGAGUCCUCUUCUUCCAAAUCAGCAGAUACUGAACUAUGGUCAACACAGUUCAUAUUUGGGAGAUACUUUUUCAACUAGACAAGGAUUUAGGACAAAACAUUCAAGAGAGGAUUUUAACACGUCCCAAGGAUCCAGUAAUGUUCCAGGUGAUAUGUCUCGAUUUGUUCAAGGUCAAGCUUCUAAUGAUGUGCAGAUGAUACAUGAACCAAUAACAAAUAGAGACGUACAAUACAGUUCAAGCCAAGGAACCUUAUUAUCUGCACCAAGGAUUACUCAGCUGCAGAUACCAAACAAUGAAAUAACAUAUUUUGGUAGAGAUGCUAGUCCUCCCGCUGUUGUUCCUGAUGACAUUCUGGUCAGUGAGGCUGCUGCGAGAUUUAAUCAAGGGAGACAGAGAGAGCCAUCUCAUUUCUCUGAAGAAUCAUACAAUUUGCUUCCUAUCGAUAGUUUGUCAUCUACAGAUGCGUUCAUGCCUUUGAUGCAACCUCAGUUCCACCUUCUGAGCAAUGGUGAGAAUUCCAGCAACCACUGGAACCAACGAUACAAUGGUGAAACAAUAAUGCAGUCACAACAAGUUGUUACUGGGUUUCAGACAUCACGAACGAACAGCUUUGACUCUAGCUCAUGUGAGGAUCUCAUACAGAACUUCAUCUCUCAAAUCCCUAACAGUGACAGGGCAGCGACGCCACUUUCUCCACGCAAGUGGUUCAAGAUCAAGGUGGCAUUCAAGCUAGCAUCCGUGGGGAGGCUCUCCAGGACCUCAAGGAGGGGUCCGCACUGCCCUGCGCCAAGGCCAAGGCUUGUACCAACAAUAUGAGCCUUCUAAGAAGUUUGAACAGAGGUUGUAAAAGAGCUAACUCCGGAUCAAAGAUCCAUCUGAAUGUUACACUCUAUGAUCAUGUGAAGUAGCUGUAGUAUGUUCAACUGAUAGUACAAUUGAUUGUCAAGGCACUAGGUAGCACACUCUGUAGAUAACGGAGCUAGUAUUUUACUUUUGUCAGUAAGAGUAGUUGCAGAUUUCAAGUUUCUGUUGUCUAUGAUGAAUUCAGGCAAUGUAAAAAACACAAGGUUUCUUCAUCUCAUGCAAAGCACAUUUUCUUUAAAAAA